AUGGUAAAACUCUCGAGCUUGGCUAGAUUAUAUUCAAGACCUAAAAGAAGCACCAAAUCCAAAGUAGAGCAGCCACCCCCGCAGAAGAAGGAGGAGAUGAAUACUAUUACAGUCUCCACCAGGGCUAGCUUAUGUUCAAGACCUAUAAGAAGCACCAAAUUAGAGCAACCGCCGCAGAAGAAGAAGAAGGAGUACCGUUCACUCUCCUUAGUCUCCAAGACCUUCCGCUCUCUCAUCUCUUCCCCAGAACUCUACACCGUUCGCUCCCAGAUCGGAAAUACAGAGCCUUGCCUCUGCAUACGCCAAGAGUUACCCACUCAUGAUCGUUGGUACAUUCUCGACCAAACUCUGUCAACCACUUUAGCCGUCGGUUUCGAAAUCUAUCAAAUAGGAGGUGACCAGCUGCCAUCAUCCACCGUUCGUGUGCUUGAUUUUCGGACUCGCACGUGGCGUGAUGCUCCUGAUAUGGGGGUAGCAAGGAAAUGCCCCGAGUCUGCUCUUAUAGACAGCAAGAUAUAUGUAGUUGGAGGAGGAACAGAAGAGUCUGAGGUUUUCGACCUAAAGUCUCAGACUUGGAAUCCAUUGCCUAGCCUUAGUGACGACGGUGACUACCCUGAGGUUCAGCUUCGCAGAGGAGAGCUAUUCGCCACCACAAGUAAGCAUAAAAAGUUGUCAAACAAGGAACAUGGAAGGAACAUCAAGGGCUUCCUUUAUGAAUGA